AUGACCAGCGGGACUGGCCCUACCACUGACUGUCGCCAAACUCCGCAUUCGUCGUCCACUUUCUUCCGCAAAUCUGCCAAGGAUGGGUCAUUCACGCCACUCAAGCAGUCGACGAGCCUCGUCCGAUCGCAGGAGUUCAGCGUUGUUGAGAGUGUGGCCGUCCAGGAAGUAUCGACCGAAGACGAGACCCCGGAUGUGGCCCCAACAACAUGGUCCAGAUCGGUGAGGUAUCUGGUCUUGCUUUGUGCCUUCUUGACCAGCCUGAGCUUCGGAGUAACACAGGUGCCGCUGUUAUAUGUCUUCAGGCUCAUGACUUGUGAUGCGUACUACAAAGACCAUCCCUCGGGACUGUUGCAUGGAGUUGAGCGAUCGCCCACGGCAGGGACCUGGACAUCGAUCCUCUCUGCCGCAAUGGUUCCAUCAGGCUAUUCCAACCGUCUAAACACCGGAGACGGCACUGACCGGUGUUCUAUCCACCCAAUUGAAAGCGCAACAGCGCUAUCGGUGUCCUUACUGGGAGCCAGCACCACCGUUUUUGGCACAUUGAACCUCUUUCUGACGGGCACCUUGAUCAAACGCAUUGGUGUCAAGCCAACAUUGCUGACCCAGGUAUUCUUCCCUGCCCUCAGACUAUUGAUACAAAUUGUGGGCGUCGAGGUCUGGGGCACCACUGGCAUAAUCAUCAUCCAAUGUUCGCAGAUCGUUACCAUUGUGGGUGGGCCGAGUGGGUAUAUGCUAGCGCUGAACACCUUUAUCACCGACGUCGUGGAACACGAAGGCCGGACAGCCGCGUUGGGGAGACUGACCGGGAGCAUGAUGUUCGGCUCUGCGUUGGGAUUCUUGUUGGGUGGCGUGGUGGCUGAGGCGUUUGAUAUCAAAGCCCCCUUCCGUUUGACCUUAAUGCUCUUUUUGACCUCCAGUGCCUAUGUCUUUGCCUUCUUGCCACACAUCCCGCCCCAGCCAAGAGACAUCGACGCGGACCGGACCACGGCCAGAAAAACAAAGAUGACCUCGGCCUUCACCAAGUUCUUUGGCCCUUUGAUGGUGUUUGCGCCCCGGAAGUUCAUUACAAGGGAUGGCAUUGUCAGGACCGAGUACGGUGCAUUCCUGCUUGCAUGGGGAGUCUUUCUCGGAAUUCUAGCCACAGGAUAUCUGCCCACUUUGCUACAGCUGUAUUCAACCGAUGUCUUUGAUUUUGGCACCCAGCAGAACGGUGGCCUCAUUUUCAUGUACUCCAUGUUGAGGGGCGUAUUCUUGACAUUUGCAUUUCCGAAAUUUAUUGCCAUCGGCAGGAGAUGGACAAUGAAGAGAGAGCAGCAGGAUCUGGCAGAUACCCAAGAGUCCAGGUCGUCGGAGCGCGCUCCUCUCUUGAGAGACUCCCGACAGCAAGCGGGAAACGGCACGCACAACCCAAAAGACAAAGAAACCCCAAAGGAGCAAACAUUUGCGUUUGAUUUGACGUACACGAGAUUUUCGCUGGUUGCUGAUGGACUUCUGACACUGCUUUGCUCCUUCGUUCGCGAAGGUUGGCAAAUGUAUCUUGUUGCAGUUGUUCUGCCUUUUGCUGCCGGAACUGGCUCGGCCGCAAAAGGGACAGUCCUUCAAAUGGUGGGAAGCUCUGCUACCAGCAGUGAACGGACAGAUGCUCUUGCCGGGGUAUCUCUGGUCGAAAACAUGGCUCGACUGUCGACAACGUUUGUCUUUGGUGUUAUUUUUGCAGCGUUUGCCAGUAUUGGAAGGACAGAGCUUGUUUUCACGUGCAACGCGGCUGUCGCGUUGAUAGGGUUUGGGGUUUUGCUGUUUGCGCGCUUUCCACCCGAAGGGAGCCGCAGGCUUGAUGAAAAGGACGACGUGAAUCCUGCAUUAUGA